UGCGCAGUGUUGGCUUGUGCGGAGGACGGUGAAUGAGACGCUGCAGAGAGCAUUGUAAAAUAAAGCCAUCGCGUCGGGUGUACGGUCGGUGUGGCUGAUUUAUUGAAGGAUUUGCCCUCGUAGUAGGUUGUCUGUGCCUUUAUGGUUCGAUACCGGAUGUAUUGUUCUAUGUUCAUGGGCCCGUUUCACAGUUAUCGGUGGCGGACCGUUAGCAGCUAGCUCUAGCGGCUUCGGGACGUAACUACCCCGGGCGGGACCAACAACUGGCGGUGGGAGCAGCUUGUCUGGAGAAGCCUGUGGAAACUUCUAAAAUGCGUGUUUUUCAGCUCAUCUGACAGAAACAGGUUGAAUCUUUUGAGCGAACCGGAAAGUGGGGGGUUCUGAAUGACCGGCUCAUGAUCGGAACAUCGGUCCGACUCGUUUUGACACAGACGUGACGUCACUGUGAAGUCAAUAGUGGCCCGUUCGGUGUGUCACUAUGAAUGCUGCAAUCUACACAUUUGUUUCCCGCGACGACAUCAGCAGCGUUUAUGCAGAGGUCGCUAAAAUCCUUCUGUCAACCGGACACUGGAAACGGCUGAAAAGAGACAACCCCAGAUUCAACCUGAUGCUCGGUGAACGGAACCGGCUACCCUUUGGACGCCUCGGGCACGAGCCAGGACUGGUGCAGCUGGUAAAUUACUACAGAGGGGCUGACAAGCUCUGCAGAAAGGCCUCUUUGGUCAGGCUGAUCAAAACCAGCCCAGAGCUGUCUGACUCCAGUAGCUGGUUUCCAGAGUCCUACAUCAUCUAUCCCACAAACCUCAACACUCCUGUCGCUCCAGCUGCUAAUGGCAUCAGUCAUUUGAAGAGCAAUCCUAAAACCGAUGAGCGAGAAGUUUUCUUGGCCUCAUACCAUGCAAAAAAAGAAAAUGGGGAAGGCACCGUGUGGAUUGCUAAAUCUUCUGCUGGGGCUAAAGGUGCUGGUAUUUUGAUAUCUCAUGAUGCCAAUCAGUUGCUGGAGUACAUCGACAAUCAAGGACAAGUUCACGUUAUUCAGAAGUACCUAGAAAGACCGCUACUGCUGGAGCCAGGUCAUCGGAAGUUUGACAUCAGGAGUUGGGUGCUUGUAGACCAUCAGUAUAAUAUCUAUUUAUACCGAGAGGGUGUGCUGCGCACCUCGUCAGAACCAUACAACAGCUCGGACCUUCAGGACAUGACCAGCCACCUAACCAACCACUGCAUUCAGAUGGAGCACUCCCAGAACUACGGACGAUACGAGGAGGGGAACGAAAUGUUCUUUGAUGAGUUCAGACUGUACCUGCUGAACAUUCACAACGUCAGCUUGGAGAGCAGCAUCCUACCACAGAUGAAACACAUUAUAAAGAGCUGUCUGACAUGUAUCGAACCUGCAAUCAGCACCAAACACCUGUCCUACCAGAGCUUCCAGCUCUUCGGCUUUGACUUCAUGGUGGAUGACAGCUUCAGAGUUUGGCUCAUCGAGAUAAACGGAGCUCCAGCCUGUGCACAGAAGCUUUAUCCGGAGCUCUGUCAAGGUAUUGUGGAUGUAGCCAUUUCCAGUGUCUUCCUCCUGAACUGCGGCAGUGAUUCCUCACCCGCUUCCUCUUCACCAUACUCUUCCUCCCCGUCUGCACUCUUCACCACCAACUCCUGCUCCUCUCCCAAACUCAGAGCCCCGCUUCAUGUGGGACCUUUUACUCGACUCUAGCACAAAACACGGUGGAUGUUCCAUUCCCAAACUCUUCUUGAAAAGUGUCAGACGGUUGAGACAACCAAUUUUCCUGGUAAACCGACCUUCUAUUGUCUCUUUAACGUCAGUCUUUCUUUAAGGUGGUCUGCAGAUGUUCUCUAGUUGAGACUGAAGAGUGCCUGAGUUUUCUCGAGUUUUCUCUUGAUUGUAUCUGAAAGCCUUUGCACUAUUACCCAACAAAAUGAAUGCCAGGCUAAGAAAACCAGAAGUCGAACACAUUCAGAUUUUCUUCAGUUACUACAGCUGUGGGAGCUGUAUUCUCAUUGGACGCUUUGUUUUCUUAGAAUCAUUUGUAACACACCUGGAGCUACCAAGCUAACCCAAGGUCCUCCCAGUAUACACUUUAUUGAAAACUUGUUCUUGGAGCAAACCUCUGUUUCCUUUUUUUCAUUUGCACUAGUUAGGUUAUGUUGGUUGCUUAGGAUUGUCCUCUUUUUCUUCUGGAAAACGGGUGCGUAAACUCUUCUUGUGUUGCCAAUGUCUCCAUCACCCAGGAGAAAGGAGGAACAUAAAAAGCGACUGUGCAGCUGUCUGGAUGUGACAUGCAUGGCUUCCCUUCCACUGACUGGUCUCAGCAGCAUCGUCCGCCAUGGUUGAUGUUUAUGUUCUCGUUCCCGCCUACUUCAACGCAGAAUGAUGACGUUUGUAGCGUAUCGAUGACGUACGGGUCGGAUUCAUGUGGCCUGGCCGUUCAGACGGAGGUCGCAUUUGAAAAAAUGGGAUACGUAUCGGAUUCAGGACCACAUACCCAACUGGCUUGGGUCGCAUUUGAAAAGAUGGGAUCUGUGUCGUUCAGACUGUCAUGAAAAGAUCAGAUACAGGUCGCAUAGGGGCAAAAAAAUGGAGUUGGGUCGUUUCAGCCUGCAGUGUGAACGUAGCCUUAGUUUGUCAAAUCUUUGAGCACAUGAGACUGCAACAUGUACAAAUCUUUUUUUGACUUCAUUUGAACUUUUGAAAGCUUCAAGUGUUUAAUUACCCAGGAGCUCCAAUGAACUAAGAAAUAUUUUAGUUAUUGUUACUGUCAUUGUGUGCUAAUUUUUGCUGUUUUUCCUCAUAACUGCCUCCAGUAGUGUGAAACUUUGUGUUUUUAAAAAGGGAACGUUUAUUUUUACAAUUUAAUUGCUUUGAAGAAAAAGGUUCAUUCAGAUUUUUUUACUCGGGUUACAGAAACUUAGGAUAUUCCCUGUGACUAGGAAACAUGUUGCAAUGAAAAUAAAUUUGAAUUAUGAUGUCAAAGUCAGCAAAGGGUAAUUUCUCAUUAAAAGGAAGAGAAAGCUGCAAAAGAAACAAUAAAAAAAUAUGCAACUCCAGCAUUAAAUAUAAUUAAUUCUGUUAAAACCUCUUUUCAGAUUUGUUCAUUUAACUAUUGAAAUAAAGUUUUGCCUAUUUGUUUUCCUUUGUGUUUUUUAUGUAUGCUUUAUUUCCUUUACCCUGUUCUCACCAAAGACUGUAUGGUUUAUAAUUAAACCCUGCAAAGGAUUCUUAUGUUUUGUACUUUAAGCAGUCUAGAAAUGACCUCUAGUAAGGCCGAGUGUGUUCUAAAACUAGAAAACAGAAACGUUAGCCUUUUUAAAUGAAAGCCUGCAUGUGUAGUCGAAUUCAAAAAAUAUAAAAUAAACAAAAAUACCCAGA